CUGUUUUUGUAAGUCAGCGGAAACAAGGUUGUAGCUAGCUAUCUGCAAUUAAUGGAACUAAGCGUUCUACAUAUGUGUAUGUAAUCAGUAAAGAGGACGCCUGAUGGCAAGGAUGUAGCUAGCUAUUUUACUAGUCAGAGGCAGACUAAUUCACGUGCACGUACAGUAGUUAGUGUCGACAUUAGCAGGUUACUCUAUCUCAAUAUACGGAAUGCAAGCUAGAUAGCUAACGUUAGUUAAUCAGCAUCAAUCUAAAACAAUAACGUUUGAAAUCCUGUCUGGUGAAAGAUCCAUUAGCUAGACCCAGCCCGUAAGAGGAGACUAGAGGUGUGUAACAGCUCCCAGGAGAGUGGGGCAUCCAACUCCAGCAAGAAACCAGCCCUCCAGGAAGAUUUAGUGAGUCCACCUGACUGCAGUCCAAUACCUCCUUCAGCCUCCAUGACAGCCCCAAACCAGGGUGGGGGUGCAUACUCAGUUUACACCUGAUGUGUGAGUCAUCUGUGUUGAGCUAGAGAUUUACUGAAGUCAUUUGGCUAAAGUGCCGCGCUCAAAUGCACAAGAGCCCUGUGCCCCUCCUGGAGUUUUGACCUUGAGGUUAGUGGUUUAUUUCCCUGACCAAGAUGAUAUACUGCCAUCUUGCUUGUUCAUUUGUUAUUUGUCAUCUCCAGUACAGAGGGGUAGGCUUGCGUGGGGAGGAGCUCACACUCUAAUUGGCCUGUCUGCCUUCGGAAUUCACGCGCCAGUGUGUUUUUGUCCAACCAAACAGAUGUUUCUGAGGACGAGGGUCCAGAGCCCAGCUGGAAGAGCUGCAGACUAAGUUCCCCAUUCUACAGACUAAGGCUGUAGAAUCCCUCUCUACAGUGCCUGUGUUCUCUGUCACUGCAGUUCCACAACACAUUCAUCAAUAUCCCAAAUGUUGGCAAAUGUGAACCAAAAUUGUUUGAAAUGUGGGAGCUGCAUAUGAAUAAUUAUUUUGACAAAAAAUGUGUGCUUUUGGUUUACAACGGUGUCUAUUGGUCUUAUCUUGCAUGCACACAAGAGCUUAGAGAACCACUUCUGGAGCAUGGUAGACAUUUUGAGGAAAUCCUAUAAGCACUGUGCAAGUUUUCAGAGGAGGAGAGGUCCAGUCAAGAGGACACCCAGGCAUCAUCAUCAGCUAGUUUUCCCCCCUAAACCUCAGCAAGCCAGGCAGCCCAAGCAGCCAAACUCCCUGGUUAUCCCCCAUCACUACCUCACAAGCCUACCAAUGGGAGCAUAAUUAAGACCUUCAAUAGGCUGCCCGAAGGAGCAGACAAAAGGAGGAAGGUCAUUCCAGAUCCAGGCACCAGCUCUGAGGAUGAGGCCAGUGAUGACUUUGAUGUGUCUGCUGAGGGCAUGGAGAUGGAACUUGGAUGCCUCAGGCUCAGAUCAGGAGGUUGGAACAGGGUCUAAUGUGAAGGGCCAGAUCCUCUGGUUUUUCCAGGAGGCAUCGCCGGUUGAGCUGUCUCAUCUCUGGCUGCUCUGUGAAGAAGGCCCAGAAGAUUGUCGAGCUUCGCCUAUUUAACGAGUGGGAGAAUCUGGUGGCUGUUCUCGACGGAGGGAACGGCCUCUCCACUGACCUGGUGCAGGGCUGUUGUGUGGUCCUGAGGGAACAGGACGUGGCGCGCAGCCUCUUGACCAAGUGUGAGAACAUCACCAACAAGAUGAUGCAGGACGUGACUCAAGCGGUGGAGAGGGACAAAGGGCUUCCAGAAACAGCCUGAGAUCCUCAACAGCAAGGUUUGGGGGAAGACCAUCCAGGCCAUCUCGUUCCUGUUUCCUUGUUAAAGCAAGGAACAACAAUUGUAAAGAAUCCACGUUACCAUGGAAACAGAGUCAACUGCACAAAUGCCCGGCUGUCCCGUCUUCAAUCAGCUGUUAGUUCGGUCUUGCUUCUCUGGUGUACUAUGAUUGGCAGGGCAUUCCGUCUGGUUGGCUGCGCAGCUGCGUUGCAGCAGUGAUCAUUCUGAACACAGCGGUAAGAUUCGAAUCGUGCCCGGGUGAGGGAGGUUGAAGAACAGAACAUUAGCUAUCUCGGAAACAGUCAACUACGAGUUGAUAACUUUAGCAAUAUGAGUCAUUGUGAGCUUGAGGAUAUAACCCUGCACUUGAAUGACAGGAUUUCAUCCACAAGACGUGUCUUGGAGCUGCGGACAAUUGCAAAAGAUCAAGACAAGCGGGUCAUUCUAGGGAAGAUAGGACAAGAUAUCCUUGCAAUAGAUGGACUCCUUGACCAGUUUGAGAAAAGUGUUGGCCGCCAAAAAGACCUACUGAAGCAUUUAAAGGAACUAGAGGGAUUCUUUGAGGAGGAUGUGCAGGAUGGAAAGAACCUUAGGGACAACAUGCCCACACACAUGCCCAGGAAGGGACAGCCAGCAGUCCAUGGAAUAGGGUCUGCGGGUCAGAGUGGACCUGUGAAUGUGCAGGCAGUCCAGCAGGUUCACACCAGGAAAACCUCCAAAAACCAGAUCAGAGAGAUGGAAUUCAUCACCAGCCCAGAGUUUGAUACCAUCCCUCAGUACAUGAAAGGCCGUUUGACAUAUGAACAGCUAAACACUGCUGUGGAAAGCAUUAACACAGCCGUAACAGGGAAGUACAAGAUCUUGAACCAGCCAGCAAAAACCCUUAAUAAUGCCACACGCAAGCUUCAUCAACGAUAUAAGGAGGAAGAGAACAAGGACACAAAAGGUCUGUUUUUCAUUGUAGAGGCUGAUAUUAAAGAGUUCACUCAGAUGAAGGUGGACAAGCGCUUCCAGAGCAUCCUCAGCAUGCUGCGUCACUGCCAGCGUCUGCGAGAACAGCGAGGGGGAGGUAUCACACGCUACGUCCUGCUGUGAAAGGAGCAGAGAUGGAGAAAGGGGGGUUGUCACUGAGCUUGAUCUGAAUAUAUUGAGUUGUCCUCUGUCUCUAGCAUGAUCGGCUACAACAUCUGUCAUAUUGACCUAGGGAGGGGUGAAAAUACAACAAAUAAUAAUAUUGAGAAUAGUAGUUGUGGCUCAAAACAUAUAUGUACCUAGUGAAGAAUAAUUGUUUGGGGUGGGUGGAGGUUAGUAUUUGAACGUAGUUUCAUUCAUGCAAUUUAUUUUUUAAAUUCAAAGUGUGUUUUAGCUCAUUUGAAUUGUAUCAUCAAUGUGACUCUGUCCAUAACAACCAUGUUUUAUAUAGGUAGAAAGGCAAUAAAUAUAUAUAUUUUUUCAAAUAAUA